UGUGAACAAUUGAGACCCUAAUUUAGGUUUGGAGGAACAUUACAAGGUCGGUUUCGCUUUUCCUUAUUCUUAAUAGGACCAGGUGAUAAGGCGCAAAUAAAUAACUGUAAACCUAAUUGUAUUUUGGCUUUGGGUAUCCGACUACAAAUCAAGGUGCGAACAAGUUCUGUAAUUUGCAGAGCGGGAGAAAUAAUGGAUGCGAAGAAGCGAAAAGUGGAAGAAAACGGUGGGACGGGGGAAGUGGAAGUAGCAGUUGCGGCUGAGGAUGUUGGGAAAAUGAUAGAGAGCUUCAGCCGCGAGCAGCUGGUGGAAAUUGUGCAGGAGGCGGGGGCGAAGCACCUGGACGUCCUGGAGGCGAUUCGAGGCAUUGCAGACAAAGAUCCUGCGCUGCGCAAGCUCUUCGUACGGGGGCUCGGGUGGGAUACUACCACUGAGUCCCUCAAGUCCCUCUUCUCCCACUUCGGCGAGUUGGAGGAAGGUGUCGUUAUAAUGGACAAGAACACUGGCAAGAGCAAGGGUUAUGGCUUUGUCACUUUCAAGCACAUGGAUGGCGCUCUUAAUGCCCUAAAGGAGCCCAGCAAAAAGAUUGAUGGCCGCAUGACUGUAAGCCAGUUAGCCUCCACUGGCUCCUCCCAGCAGCACCCCCAGCCCUCUGCUGACGUUUCGGCUAGAAAAAUCUAUGUUGGAAACGUUCCCAUUGACAUGCCUGCGGAUCGCCUGCUCAGUUUGUUUUCUCAGUACGGUGAAAUCGAAGAAGGGCCCCUGGGCUUUGAUAAACAGUCGGGCCGCUCCAGGGGUUUUGCUCUUUUUAUCUUCAAGACAGUGGAUGCCACCAGGCGGUCUUUAGAGGAGCCCACCAAGAUCAUUGACGGUCAUCAGUUGUUUUGCAAACUGGCUGUCGAAGGCCAGAAGCAAAAGCCCGGGGGUGGUAAUCUCGGUGCCUCAGCGGCAUCUGAUGUAUCUGAUAUUAGUUCUUUGAAUCACAGCCAGAAUCAGCACCAACACCAGCAUCAACCCCAAUCCCAUGCCUCUGGGAUUCAGUUGGGCGGUUAUAUGAACGCUGGACUCGGCGUUUCUAACCCUGUGGGUUUAUCUGGGCAUCACGGGCUGGGUGCCUCGGCUCUGUCCGGCCUUGGAACGCACGCCAAUCCUGGCGGAAUUCCGGGUCACUCCGUACAUCCCUCGGGGUUGCAUGGAGCGUCGAAUCCUGUGGGAUCCUCAUUGGGCAUGGGGGUUUAUGGGGGGCUGGGACCUUAUGGAGGUGGAGGUGGAUAUGGAGGCGGCAGUCAGGGGGCACUUGGGGCAGGAGGAGGAGGAGGAGGAGGUGGCUAUCCUUCUCUCUUCCCCUCUUCGGCUGCUUCUCAACCUGGCGGUUUUGCGGAUGGACCGGGUCACUAUCCCCUUUCUGCCUAUCAAAAUCAACACCAACAAUCAGGGGCAUCUCCUGCACCGCGGCUUCCUGGUAGUGGAAUGUAUCCAGGAGGGCAGCCCUUCUAUCCAGUUUAGGUGUUUUGAUGUGUGGAAAGCCACUUAAUUAGAUCUAGCAAUGGAUGUUAUGGACCAAGGGUAUAAAGACCAAGGUGACAAUUUCAAUGCGUGGGACACUCACCAAAAACAACAAACAAAAGGAUGCCUUACCAUUAACAAGGCAUUUGGAGACUUUGGUAGGUCUAGUGAUGAGACAACCAAAAGACAAAAGGAUUCCCUACACCUCACAACAUAUCUAAUGACCUUGGUGGGUCACAUGUGGGGAUUACUAACAAACAUGGUAGGAAUGAGGAAGCAUGCACCAAUGUAUACUAACUAAAACACACCAUGAUAUAAUGAUUGUGGUGACCUUGUGUAGGCAUAUGUAUGGAUCAUAUGACAAAUCAAGGGCAGAUUAAAAAUUGUUAAUUGGUAUGAUGUAGUAUUACCUCUUUUAGAAGUUGUAAAGGAUGGAUGAUUGAUAUUACUUGGUUGCGGAGAACAAUCCAUCCCACAAAGAUGGAGUAUGAGGGAAGGAAUAUCUUGAGGGCAAACAAUCUCGCAAUUGCAAAUUAUUAAGGUUGUUGAAAGUUCUUGAUUUUUUGUUAAGAACAAAUUCUGUCAAGUGAACAUGGUUUACAA